GAGGCAAGUCCAUAAGCCCUUACAUACCGGUACAUGCUCUGUCAGUUUUACGGAGUCUCACGGAAGCAGCCUCUCCACCUUGAGAGCAACGAACUCUUGUCAGUUCGGCGUAGCACGAGACGUCUUCAAGUUUUGCCUUCCCUUUGUUCAGCCCUGACAUUGUCAACAAGAAUUGGAUUCUACUGAACGAUGGCGGACCUACUGCGUAGUAGAACAGUAGCCGCCGCGCUGGGCCUGUUCACACACUUCAUCUUCAACAGCGGAGAAUGGGACCACCACGUUCACCUUUUAGUACCAGGCGGAUCUCUACUCUUUGGCGCACUAGUAGCUUUCGAAUAUGUGGCCGACCCUCGUGUGUUCACUCUCUUCCAGGCCUUCCAGGUUGUAGCAACAGCGGCAGCAGUGUACCUGGCGACAUUGGCGACGAGCGUCAUCAUCUAUCGUGCAUAUUUCCACCGCUUGCGAAAGUUUCCUGGACCUUUUGCCGCUCGGAUCACGAAGUUUGACACCAUAAGCCGUGUUAUACAUGGUGAUUAUCAGUUAUACAAGAUUAUUGAGGGGUUCCAUAAGAAGUACAAGACCGACAUCGUGCGCACAGGUCCGCGCGAGCUCAGCGUUGCAAGCGCCGACGCUAUCCCCCUCAUCUAUGGACCCAUGUCCAAAUGUAGAAAAGGCGUGUGGUAUAGUGGUGCUUACCAUGUUGAAGGUGCUUCGCUCCAGACUACGCGCGAUCAUCAAGACCACAGAGAGCGGCGCAAGGCCUGGGACCGCGCCUUUAGUGCUAAGUCACUCCGGGAAUACGAGCCUCGCAUCAAUCGACACACACGUCUUCUCCUCGAGAAACUGAAGGAGCAUGCCAAGGAGCAGUCUGUCCGCAUAUCGAGCUGGAUUGGCUUCUUUGCCUUUGAUGUGAUGGGAGACAUCGGCUACAACCGAGGUUUCGGCAUGCUAGAGAAAGGGGAGGAGGACGAGAUGAUUGAGCUGGUACACAAGAGUAUGGCUAACAUGAGCACUUUCGGACACAUUCCGUGGGUUGUUGGCAUGAUGCUGCGAACGAGCGUGGGAGCGAAAGACCUGCUCACGUUCAUGAGCCUAGUGCAGGAUGUUCUCGUCGAGCGCAAGAAGAUCACCCCGGCAGAGCCCGAUGUCUUCAGCCACCUGAUCGAUGACACCAAAGAAGAGAUACCAUUGCAAUUGAACGCGGACUCGCGUCUGAUGAUUGUUGCAGGUUCAGAUACCACGCAUGCCACGCUAACAUGGCUCGUCUGGGAACUCUGCAUGCACAAAGAUGCACAGGCCAAACUCCGCAAGAUCACUGACGAGCUCGCACCCAACAAGUCCUUCCUGGAUGCCGAAGACGUUGCCAACUGCCCGCAUCUCGACGGCGCCAUCAACGAAUCUCUCCGCCUCCAUCCAGCGGUGCCCUCAGGCCUUCAACGAGAAACACCUCCAUCAGGUAUCACGCUACCUGACGGCACUUACAUUCCCGGCGAAACAACCGUCUGGAUGCCGAUCCAUACUCUCCAACGCGACGAACGCUCUUUCCCCGACCCUCUGAAGUUCAUGCCCGAGCGCUGGACCGACGAAGCGCCUGAGUACAUCAAGGACAAGCGCGCGUUUAUUCCUUUCUCAGCAGGUGUAUAUAAUUGUGUGGGUCAAAAGCUAGCGAUGAUGGAGAUGAGGGUUGUGAUGGCGAAUUUGCUGAGGUCCUUCGAGAUGGACUUCGCAGGAGAUAUGGGCGAAGCGGUCGUUAAGAAAUCAAGGGACGCGUUCACGCUGAGUGUUGGUGCGCUGGAUGUAAAACUUACGCCGAGAUAUAAAAAUUAGGCUUGCAACGUGAGUU